UUGUACUUGCAUCUGUUGCGAGAGUGAAAACAAGUGUGAGUUAAAAAAAUGACCAACCGCAUUGAUCGGUAAAGACUAGCAAGGGUGUGUGAUUCAUAAAGCCCGUUUCAUCGCAAACGACGCUGACUAAUCGAGUGCGUGGUGCGUGGUGAAAGAGGAUUAACCGCCGUGGGAUUUAGCGUGUUCAUGAGAAAAACGAGGAUCUGCUGAGAGGAUUAUUCUUCAGUCUUCCCGCGCAACGAAAUCGCGUAUAUAUGAACGACGGGCUUCUACCGAGCGAAUUUUGUGAUGCGUCGGUCGGCGAGAUCGAUGGACGGUGAUCUUGAACCGCCAUGGGGCGAAACGUAUUGAGGAUCUUGCUGUUCCUCUGUUGCGCGCUGCAGCCGCAUGUCGGCCAACUAAUUCGAGACAAGCGAUGCUUCCUGAAAAGCGGAGACACCGCGGUACAACUCUUCGUCAGCGAGGAUCUGCCCGUUGGCGACAUCAUUGGAACCCUCGAGGUGAUAGGUGACCCAAGCUCGCAGGGUGACAUUGCGCUGAGGUUGGAGGUCACAGACAAGGAUAUCCCCGUCGCGAUCUUGCCGUACUCGAAAAACUUAACGCUCAUCAAACCGCUAGACAAGGAAGGCGAGGAGGGCCCAGCCAUCGUCCUCAUCAACGUCAUCUGCAAGAGGAAACCUCCCUCAGAGUAUGAGGAAAUUAGCAUACCAGUGAACAUUCGCGUGAAGGACGUAAACGAUAACUCACCGCAAUUCAUCAAUGCGCCUUAUGUGCUGAAUAUUUCCGAGGUUACCGUUGUCGGCACAAGAGUUUUGCAAGGAGUUCGAGCCGUGGACGCUGAUCAACCGGGACAGUAUUCCACGGUGCAGUACGCAGUGCUGCCAGGAGCACAUUCGGAGUAUUUCGUCUUUGUGAGUGCCUUGGAAGGUACCCUCGUCCUGAGAAAAUCGCUGGAUUACGAAACUCUCACUAACUUCUCCGUUGGCAUUCGUGCCCAAGACCAAGGUAAUCCACCUCUAUCAUCGACGACAACAUUGUACGUUAACGUUAUCGACGCCGACGAUCAGAAUCCAGCUUUUUUAAACGAACAAUAUAAAGUCAUUGUACCUCGUCAUGUAAAAGAGGGAAAAUCGCUAAGAGUGCUUCCUACGGCGAUAAAGGCCGCUGAUCAAGAUGUUGGUAUAAACGCGCCGGUCCGAUACACGAUUCAAGGUGCGAUUCUUCCUUUCCUGAAUCUGGACUUUAAAACUGCCGAAAUUGCUAUGAUCCGAUCAUUACACGAACACGAGCUAACAUCGCCAGCAACUAUCGUGAUCAAGGCUACCCAAGUGGAUAAUCCUGAUAGAUAUGCUCUUGCCACAAUCGUUGUCUCGCGAGAAGACGGAGUCGGUCCUACAACUGUCGGUGGUCGUUUACCCGUCAAAUUCGUGCUGAAGGAUCAUCAAACAAGCGUGCCGGAGGACACGCCGUCUGGAACAGUCCUUCUAACGACGAGAGUCAACAACACCGGUGCCAAUGAUCUGAGAUUCAGGCUGAUGGGCGCGUCGGAGGACCUCGAGCGAUUCUUCAUCACCAACUCCGGCGAGUUAAUUCUUAGAGGCAAACUGGAUUACGAGCGACGCGUCCAGCAUAAUUUUUUGGUUUACGUCACCGACGGAUAUUAUAAUGACACGUCACGUGUGAACAUCUCGGUCGAAGGUGUGAACGAGUGGGAUCCUCGGUUCCGACAUGCCCGGUAUGAAUUCCACGCGCGUUCCUUGAGAGAAGGCUCCGUCGUCGGGAAAUUAGAAGCGGCCGAUGGCGACAGAGGCGAGAAAGUCAGUCUAUCUCUCAGAGGACCGGAUGCAAGGUUCUUCGAGAUCAGAGAUAACGGGGAAUUGGUGCUGAGAUCGCCAGGUCCUUUCAACGGAUCUCUGGCUCGAUUGGUAGCGGUGGCAUCCGACAGUGGAACGCCAACUAAAUCCGCCACGACCCAGGUGAUCGUACACAUACCGAACGGCGGUUCGUUGCCAAUCGCCGCGAGAGCCGCACCCGCUUGGCUCGGGAGCAGCGUGCUGUUGGUCGCAGUUUUCGCUGCGGUCUUGGGCCUCCUUGGUGUCGUCAUACUGAUCCUCAUUCUUUAUAUUUACAAACACAAAAGACCGAAAAGCGGCGGUUCAGUCAGCUCCGUGGGUACCGGAUAUCGCGAGAAAUCACCAGUGCCCUCGGCUCUAAGCCCGACGCCGCAGGUGCUAGGUGCCAACGUCCUCCAGGACGUCUUGGAAAGCCCACGCAACCGACGUCGCGCGAGCAACAGCAAUGAAAAUGAUAACAUGCAGAACCACAACGACAUCGACAAUCCCGUCCUCGGAGAAGGCAACGGAGAGGGCUCAUACGGCGCCACGAUAAGAAGUAUAGCAUCGGCAAGGCAAUUACCACUGUAUGCUAGACACAAAGUGGCACCCGCCCCGAAUCCGCCGCCAACUUUAUCAGCGACUUCAAACAUCCCCAAUAUCGGUGGACUGGUGCAGAAUAUGAACGACUUGAGUGCUAGGACUAACUUGGAUGCGGGAUCCCACGAUUCUUCCAAUUAUUCCGGAGAUCCCCCAGAUUCUUUGGCGCCAGCGUGGCCUUCCAGCUCGGUUUUACCGAGGAUCAAAAAGCUAUCCUGGGACGACGACGACAGAACUGUGGACAGUGUCGAGGUUGCGGCAGAAACGCGCGCCGGAAGCAGUCAGACCGGCAACGAGAGGCUCAAUCUUACCGUGUACUUCUAACGAACGAUUAUUGUUAAGACGAGAGAUGUUCCCCGAUUGUGAAUAGCCAGUGCGAAUUACGAAUGAUUGUCAUAAAUACUGUUCGACCAGUCCAAGUUAAAUAAAGUCUCGCUGAUGCCGGAAUUCUAUGAAUGAACUUGGGCGCAUUUGCAACACAAUGCGACCUCACACGCGUGUGUUCGGUCCACGGAACAUCUGUGCUAUCGUCUGUUGUCCUGUGUUGCAGCUUAUUAGCGUUAACUCGCAUUAUCUCGAAUAGAUUAUGUUUGCGAUCUGUUGGCCGUGCGACAUCGAUCUCUGAUGUUGUAGAAUGUAGGUAUUGAUAAUUGCUGAGAGAGAGCGGAACAAUGAAAAUGCUGCAGAGGAUAUAAUACAGAGGAAGGAAUUUGAAAGAAUUUCAUAUUAAAUAUGAAAAAAUAG